AUGGCGCGGUGCUACUGUCACUGGCGGAGAGUGCUGAUCUGUGUGUGCACGCCAUGCAUCACCCUGUUCCUGCUGAUGGUCUUCCUUACUGUCAUGAUAUGUACUAGAGUAAAUAACACAUUCUCAUCUGAUGGAAUCCCAUUCAGGGUUCACUUUGUGGCCCCCGGUCUUUUGAGUAACAACAGUUUCGCCCCAGUCCCUAAAACUUUCUGGGAGCGUCACAAUGAUGCGUUUUGGAACCGCCUACAGCUGACCAUGGACCGCCACUUCAACCCCAUCCUGCACCCCUACAACUUGAAACAGAGAUUUGAAAAUGGUACCUCUUAUGAGUCUCUACUGAAGCAAAGUGUCUCUGAAGUUAGCAACAGCACAGGAGGAAAAUUUGGCCAGCUACCACAGCAGAUACAAGAGUUCAUGUGCCACAUGCAGAGGAGAGACUACCCAACCCUCAUCCAGCCAGACGGACAAUGUGGAGCCGGGGCUAAGGAUGAGGAGGAGCCUCCUUUCCUUCUCCUCGCCAUCAAGUCAACGCAGCUGAACUUUAAGAACCGGCAGGCCAUCCGACGGACGUGGGGCCGGGUGGGAUGGGUAGCAGCCGGACAGAGGAGCAGCAGUGGAGGAGGAGAGAGGGGAGGAUACGUCCGCAGGGUGUUCCUGCUCGGCAAAGACAAUACUGAAGACCUGGAUGUUGUUUUAUCUGAGCUACUUCGGUUGGAGAGUAAACAUUACGGGGACAUUCUGCAGUGGGACUUCAAGGAUACAUUUUUCAACCUCACCUUGAAAGACGUGCUCUUCUGGAGCUGGUUCUCACGCUCGUGCGGCCAGACUCGCUUCGUCCUUAAGGGGGACGACGACGUCUUCGUCAACACCCCCAAUAUGAUCACCUACCUCCAGGACCAGCUGAAGAAGCCGCAAGCACACAUAACCAUGAAAGACUUCAUGAUCGGAGAGGUCAUAGCUGCAGCAGCACCCAAUCGAGGCAACUUGUCCAAGUACUUUAUUCCAGACAGCUUCUAUAAAGGCUUCUACCCGAUGUAUGCAGGCGGUGGAGGGGUGGUGUACUCAGGCCAGCUGACCAGACGCCUACAUGAAAUGUCUAAAAGGGUCCACCUGUUCCCCAUCGAUGACGUUUACGUAGGGAUGUGUAUGAAACGGCUUAAUGCUCACCCCAUACACCACCCGGCCUUCCUCACGUUUGACUUUCCUGGCAAGGAGGAGGAGAAGCCCUGUUCGUACCACACAAUCCUACUGGUCCACAAGAGAAGCCCUGAACAGUUAAUUCAACUGUGGGCCCACAUAAAAGACACACAUGAACAGUGUUGGGACGUGCCCCUGAGAGACGGAAAACGGUGA